GAGGUCGUCUCCAGUUUCUCCUCCCCCCUUUCCCUUCCCCCCCUCCCGGCCAAGAUGUCUGACAUGGAGGAUGAUUUCAUGUGCGAUGAUGAGGAGGACUACGACCUGGAAUACUCUGAAGAUAGUAACUCUGAACCAAAUGUGGAUUUGGAAAACCAGUACUACAAUUCCAAAGCGUUGAAGGAAGAUGAUCCAAAAGCAGCAUUAAGUAGUUUCCAGAAGGUUUUGGAGCUUGAAGGUGAAAAAGGAGAAUGGGGAUUUAAAGCACUGAAACAAAUGAUUAAAAUAAACUUCAAGUUGACAAACUAUCCAGAAAUGAUGAAUAGAUAUAAACAACUAUUGACCUAUAUUCGGAGUGCAGUCACAAGGAAUUAUUCUGAAAAGUCUAUUAACUCUAUUCUUGAUUAUAUCUCUACUUCCAAACAGAAUUCUGAUUUUUUAUGUCAGAUGGAUUUACUGCAGGAAUUCUAUGAAACAACACUGGAAGCUCUGAAAGAUGCUAAGAAUGAUAGGCUGUGGUUUAAGACAAACACAAAGCUUGGAAAAUUAUAUCUAGAACGAGAAGAAUAUGGAAAGCUUCAAAAAAUUUUGCGCCAGUUGCAUCAGUCAUGCCAGACGGAUGAUGGAGAAGAUGACCUUAAAAAGGGUACCCAAUUAUUGGAAAUUUAUGCAUUAGAAAUUCAAAUGUAUACAGCACAGAAAAAUAACAAAAAACUUAAAGCAUUGUAUGAACAGUCACUGCACAUCAAAUCAGCCAUCCCCCAUCCACUGAUCAUGGGUGUCAUUAGAGAAUGUGGCGGUAAAAUGCACUUAAGAGAAGGUGAAUUUGAGAAGGCUCACACUGAUUUUUUUGAAGCAUUCAAGAAUUAUGAUGAAUCAGGGAGUCCCAGACGAACCACUUGCUUAAAAUAUUUGGUCUUAGCAAACAUGCUAAUGAAAUCGGGAAUAAAUCCAUUUGACUCUCAGGAGGCAAAGCCGUAUAAAAAUGAUCCAGAGAUUCUAGCGAUGACGAAUUUAGUAAGUGCCUAUCAGAAUAAUGACAUCACUGAAUUUGAGAAGAUUCUGAAAACAAAUCACAGCAACAUCAUGGACGAUCCCUUCAUAAGGGAGCACAUUGAAGAGCUUUUGAGAAACAUCAGAACACAAGUGCUUAUAAAAUUAAUUAAGCCUUACACAAGAAUACAUAUUCCUUUUAUUUCUAAGGAAUUAAACAUAGAUGUAGCUGAUGUGGAGAGCUUGCUGGUACAGUGCAUAUUGGAUAACACUAUUCAUGGCCGAAUUGAUCAAGUCAACCAGCUCCUUGAACUGGAUCAUCAGAAGAGGGGUGGUGCCCGAUAUACUGCACUAGAUAAAUGGACCAACCAGCUAAAUUCUCUCAACCAAGCUGUAGUCAGUAAACUGGCUUAACAGAGAACAAGCUUUUACAAGACAUACUUAAGGCAACAGUGCAGUGAUGUAAACCUUAAAAGAACUGGGAAUGGCAAAACUACUGUCGGUUGAUGUGCCCUGAAAAUUAUUGGAGUUAUGGCAGAAGUGCUUUUUUGAUCAGCUGGUUUGUGUUUUGCUGCUGCAUUUAUCCCAAGAAAAACAGCUUUAAUCUCCAGAAGAAAACCAAAAUGCCAUGGGAUUUAUGCUGUAUUGACAUCUUGCCCUAAACAUACAACAUCAUAGUAAUUUGUCAUGGGCAACUAAUGACCAGAGAGAAGAUUUUUGUCAUGAUUUUAAAUACACUGACACGUUACUGUUGGUUAAAUUUAAACAUGUUUUACCUGCAGAAAUUCUCUCACAGAAAUAACCUGCAAUAACUUGAAAUGCAUACCCUUUUGAACACUUCCUUUUCUCAUGUAUAAAUUAAAAUGUUUGCUGCAUUUUGCAAAAUGUCAAUUCUCCAAAAAAUGUGUCCGUAUAUUUCUGUACCUGCAGUGUAGUAAAGGUUUAGAUGAAACCCCAUAAUGAUAGUGGCAUACUGUCACUUAGGUUUCAAGCAGCAAAAUAAACAGUGCAGCUCAGAAAUUGUA